GGCCAUAAAACGUAUUGUCGGAGGGACAGUCAGCGACGCACGUUCUUUUACGAUAACUGGCGACGCUGUGGCCUGACGUGAACAAGGGCUUACACAUGGCUGCCCCCACUGUGGACACCGUGCUGGACAAGCUCUCUCGCUGCCAUGUGGUUAUCUUUGUGUUCGCGUUCAUCAGAGGCCUGCCUGUCACAUGGAACCUAAUGAUGCCGGUGUUCGUGGCUCCGUCUGCAGUCGACUUCCGCUGCAACGACGACGCACUCAACGACACUGUGACGUCAUUCAGCGGCGGUGACCACCAUAUGUGGACGAACAACUCGGCGCAAUGUUUCAGUUCCGCUACAUCCAAUGCCAGCGAACCGUGCGAAUCAUGGGUCUACGACCGUAGCGUGUACGGCAAAACUGUCACUGAAGAGUUUAACAUGGUGUGCAGGAACAGGUGGAUGGUAUCCUCUUCCCAAAGCCUCUACCUCGCUGGCAUGGUUGUUGGAACAGUGGCAGCAUCUCACACUUCGGACUGGUUCGGCCGCAAGAAGACCAUACUGGGUGGAAUAUUACUCUCGGUAGCCGCAAGUGCCAUGACCGCCUUGUCAACCUCGGUCACUGUGUAUUACGUGGCCAGAUUCAUCGUGGCCUUGGGUGUCGCAGGAUACGCAGACGUCAUUUACACAUUAAUUAUGGAGACGGUCUCACCGCGGUUCCGCUACAUGCCGACAAUGACGAUGGGGAACGGCUGGACGACGGGAAUGCUGCUCCUGCCCUGGCUCCACUACUUGACUAGGGAAUGGCGUGCCACACAGCUAUACGCAACGCUACCACUCGCUCCGCUGUUUCUCCUUGGCUGUUUUUUGCCAGAGUCUCCCAGGUGGCUGAUGGCUGUUGGCCGCUUCCCAGCAGCCAAACAAGUGGUCACAAAGUUCGCCAGGAACGCCCCCAAGCACGUCGUUGACGACAUCAUUGAAGAGGCUAAGCGCAAAAAGGCAGAGGCUCGAGACAUUGGCAGAGCAAGCGUCGCUGACUUGUUCUCAACGAAGGUCUGGGCCAAAAUAACAACACUCUUCAGCUUCCAGUUGAUUAUCUCCAGCUUGGUGUGGUACCACAUGACGGUCUCCACGGCAGCCGCAGGUGGGAAUCCAUACGUGAGCUUUACUAUCGGAGCGUCCUCCGAGUACCCGGUAAAGCUGAUCAACGUGGUGCUCAUCAAGUACUGCCGUCGCCGGUAUACCAUCUGCGGCACAAUGUGCUUCUCGGCGCUGGUUAUGGUUGCCCUGUGGCUCCUGCCAACUGAAUACUCCUGGUUGCGGCUGGGCCUCCUCAUGUUGGGAAAAGUGGGCACGUCAGUGAAUGGUGCGGUGCUACGCGUCCAGCUGAGCGAGACGUACCCGACCGUGGUGCGCUCUGUUGCCAUGGGCUUCUGCUACACAUUGGGAAGGCUCGGCUCGGCUGUGGCGCCAUUUUUCGACGACCUGGGUGAAGCGACGCAACCGUGGGUGCCAAGCAUCGUGUCGGCAGGCCUCUGCUUGGCGGGCGCCGGCGCAUCCUGGCUGCUUCCGGAAAGCUUCGAAAAGACUCUGGAGGAUGGUUUCUCCAAGCGCUGAAGCCGCAGGGAAUGAAGCCGCUGUCACUGGAAGCACCGAUCCACAGCAAGUCUAUGUUCUCGAAAUGACGCACUUUUAGCCCUGUCCAGACUUCUAGAAGACUCCUUCAACAGCGGGAAUGAAGAUGGAAGAUGGAAUUCUCUUUGCACCAAAGGCGGAAGCGAAAAACAAUUCAUGUUUAUCAGCACAACGCUGAAUAAAUUUGCGUGCUGGG